CUCCCCAGUGAGACCUGUUACUCCGAGCUCACGCUAUGGCGGUCGGGGGUGUGUGUUAAUUAACUAACAGGCUCCAGAGGGGUCUCGGGCUGCUUUGUCCUAAUGAGGAUACCGCAGCCAUGGUGAAGGACAAGCCUGAAAACCGGACGUUGCAGUACCAGCAAACUUUGAUGUAUGGGCGUUACACUCAGGAGCUGGGUGUCUACGCCAAGGCAGAAGCGGCCCGCUUACGGGAUGGUGGCGUGCGCAAUGGUGGAGGACUGCGGCGGAACACCAGCGUCCGAAGUCGCACUGUGGACUUCCAAGAGUACAAGAAAGGCCCGUGUGCUAAGUGCCUGUCGUGUGCAUCUAGCUGCCAAAAGUUCUUGAUCUCGCGGGUGGGUGAGGACUGGAUCUUUCUCAUCCUGCUGGGGCUGCUCAUGGCGUUGGUUAGCUGGGUUAUGGACUACGCCAUCGCCUUUUGCCAAGAAGCACAGAAGUGGAUGUACGGCGGCCUGGACAGCAAUCUGCUCCUGCAGUACAUCGCCUGGGUCAGCUACCCCGUGGUGCUGAUCACGUUCUCUGCUGGAUUCACCCAGAUCUUGGCUCCUCAGGCCGUGGGCUCAGGCAUUCCGGAGAUGAAGACCAUCCUAAGGGGGGUGGUCCUGAAGGAGUACUUGACCUUUAAGACGUUUGUAGCCAAGGUCAUCGGUCUCACCUGUGCUCUGGGCAGCGGCAUGCCUCUGGGGAAGGAGGGGCCUUUUGUACAUGUUGCCAGCUUGUGCGCCGCACUUCUCAGCAAACUUAUGGCUGCUGUUUUUGGAGGAAUCUACAUGGAAGAGCCCUUUGAGGGAAGCAAGAACGAGUUGCGAAACACCGAAAUGCUGUCAGCUGCUUGUGCAGUGGGUGUGGGAUGCUGCUUUGCUGCACCCAUUGGAGGGGUGUUGUUCAGUAUCGAGGUCACCUCAACGUUUUUUGCGGUGAGGAACUACUGGAGGGGCUUCUUUGCUGCUACCUUCAGUGCCUUCAUCUUCCGAGUGCUGGCUGUGUGGAAUAAGGAUGAAGAGACCAUCACCGCUCUCUUCAAGACUCGAUUCCGUCUGGACUUUCCCUUCGACCUUCAGGAGCUGCCGGCCUUCGCCAUCCUCGGCAUCGCAUGUGGUUUCGGCGGCGCCCUCUUUGUCUACCUGAACCGGCUCAUCGUGGAGUGCAUGAGGCGGCAAAAGACCAUUAACAAGCUCUUGCUGAGGAAUCCAUCUCUUCCUGUCAGGCGUUUGGCGUAUCCGGCGAUCGUCACCCUGCUAGUGUCCACCCUCACCUUUCCUCCGGGCUUUGGGCAGUUCAUGGCUGGCCAGCUAACCCAGCACGAGUCACUGGUGGCGUUGUUCGACAACCGCACAUGGUGCCGCCACGGCGUGGCCGAGGAGUUUGAAUAUAUUGGCCACCACCACGGCUGGAAGCACCCACAGGUCAACGUCUUCAUCACGCUCAUCCUCUUCAUCGUUAUGAAGGUAGCGCCACACCGGUUCUGGAUGUCCGCUGUGGCUACCACCAUGCCCGUUCCGUGUGGGGCCUUUAUGCCGGUUUUUCUCAUCGGCGCAGCAUUUGGUAGACUGGUUGGAGAGAUCAUGGCUGCCGUGUUUCCUGGCGGUAUCCAUGCCGACGGCAGCGUGUAUCCCAUAGUGCCUGGCGGUUAUGCUGUAGUUGGUGCAGCAGCGCUGUCCGGUGCCGUCACUCACACCGUGUCCACGGCGGUCAUCGUCUUCGAGCUGACCGGUCAGAUUUCGCACAUCCUGCCCGUGAUGAUCGCGGUGAUUCUGGCCAAUGCCGUGGCUCAGGCGCUCCAGCCAUCACUCUAUGACUCCAUCAUCCGCAUCAAGAAGCUGCCCUAUCUUCCCGAGUUGGGCAUGGGGCAUCACGAGAAGUACAACAUUCGCGUGGAGGACAUCAUGGUGCGGGACGUGCGCUUCAUCACGCUCACCUCAUCCUAUCGGGACCUGCAGGAGAUGCUACUGACCGGUCAGCUCAAAACACUAGCUUUGGUUGAAUCAAGAGACUCCAUGAUCCUCCUGGGCUCCAUCGAGAAGCUUCAGCUUCAGUCUCUGCUCUCGCUGCAGCUGAGUCGCCAGCGCCGCUUGAGCCACCUGCGCCAGCUGGUCUUGGACAGCGAUGCCGACGAAAGCCCAAGCGGCGAUGUCCCCCCGGCCAAUAAGCGCGACGGCAAUGCUCAUCAAGGGGUUCGCUUCCUGAUCUCCACAGAGGAGUCCUCCUCCUUCACCCCAGUGGUCACCAACGUUCAGCUUCCGCUCAAAUCGGCGCUGAAAUGCACAUCAGCAGUCAGCAACACCGACACACCCGACAGCUCUCAGACGCUGUCCUGUGCUGACCAAGACAAGGAGCUGCUAGAGAGUCCAUCUGGAUCGGUCUCAUGUGAAAGAAAGAAACCAAAACGCGUGAGGAUCACCAUGUCGGAUGCGACUGAAGUAGAGGAUUGCAUGAGCCCAACUGAGAUCACAGAGUGGGAGGAACAGCAGCUGGACCAGCCGUUGGAUUUUAAGAAUUCCAAGAUUGACCCAGCUCCAUUUCAGCUUGUGGAACAAACCUCACUGCAUAAGACUCACACGAUCUUCUCCCUGCUGGGUCUGGAUCACGCCUACGUGACCAGUAUGGGCCGUCUGGUCGGUGUUGUCUCUCUCAAAGAGCUACGUAAGGCCAUCGAGGGCUCGGUGACAGUGACCGGGGUGAAAGUACGCCCACCGUUGGCCAGUUUCCGUGACAGCGGCAACAGCAGCAGCAUAUCUGAAGUAACCGAGCUGCACAAGCUGUGCAUUCGCCACAGGGGGCUCUCGUUGCCGCGGGAACCCAACCCCCCGGACCAGACGGACGACCGGCUGGACACGGGCUACCAAGAGAUGCCCGUCGAUGUGUCGGAACGGACCGGGUCGAGCUUUGAAGCCGGCCCGGGACAGAUGUCACAGCCAUUGUGUGAGCUUCAGGAUAGCCCCUCGUUCACUGAGGACCAAUCAGAGUUCACUUUUGACUGCAGCACCUCCCACACUGAGGAGUCCGAGCUGGUUUGUGACAACGAGCCGCCGCUGAACCAAACUUCUGAGCCAGAUCAAGCGGAGCAAGGAAGUGACAGUCUCGCUCUGGGUGGGGACCAAUCAGAACAAGAGGCAGUGAGAUCAAUUGCUGAAGACCAAUCAGAGUAAUGAAUGUUGGCGUUCCAUUUGUAGACUUACCUCUUCCAUUUCAACACUGCCUUGUUUAACCCGCUGUUUAUAUAGUGGGGUUUGACCAUUUUUUGUGCUGUUUAAAUCGGCAGUAAGUAUAUGUUAUCCCAACAUAAGUGUAUUGCUGCCAUACUAAAAAUAGUUCAGUAUACAGUCAACUUAGAAUUCCUCGCAAAACAUAAUUUCCUACUAUGCUAUUGCUGAAAGGCUGCGUCUUAUUGGUUAGAAUUUCUUUGUGCGUGACCAGUAUAAAAUUCGUCCGUGCACAUAAAAUGGGUACCAACAUUUUUCGCAAUUUAAAUCCAAAGGAUUUCUGAUUAAUUACUUGAUAUGAAAAAAGAAUGUAUCAUCAGAUGAUUGCUUUGGUCUUGUAGCAUCAUAUUUAUCAUGUUAUAAGGUGUCAGACUUCAUAUUUUAACGAUACCAUGUGAAAUGUACUGUCAUGUGAAAAAAUUAGGACACCACAUGAAAUAUUCAUUUCUUUAUUAAGAAAUGUUAACAUAUCUGAUCUUGUUUUUCUUAAUCUCUGGAAAAGAAAGUAGUUU